AUGUUCGCGUCACUCCUCCUCUUUGUCGCUGCCUCCGUCUCGGUCAAGGCUGCUCCCUUUGUAAAGCGGGGCAUGGACCAGGUCAUCUCGAACUGUAACCAUGACUUUGCCUACACCUGGGACGAUGGACCAUACACUGCCCACAACGAUAUCACCAAUGCAUUCAACCAGGUCAAUGGCAAGACGACCUACUUCAUGAAUGGCGACAACUGGUCGUGCAUCUAUGAUCAGGCCAAUGUCCAGGCCAUCCGUGCCUCUUUCGACGCAGGCCAUCAAAUUGCCUCUCACACGUGGUCCCAUGCUCAUCUCACCCAACUUAGUGAGGCCCAAAUUGACGUUGAGAUCCAGCGCCUCGAUGAAGCUUUCCUCAAGAUCGUGGGUGUUGUUCCAAAGUUCUUGAGGCCGCCUUAUGGUGACAUCGACGAGCGUACGGCAUCGUAUAUUCAACAAAGGCACGGAAAGACCAUUGUCCUCUGGUCAGACGAUUCUGGAGAUUCGACCGGCGGCUCGACCCAGCAGUCAAUCAACUUCUAUAAUGCAUUUGCCAACGAGAACCCUAAGCGCCCUCACAUGACGCUCUCACAUGAGACCUCGCCCUCCGGGUAUAACGCCAUGUACGCGGGUACUGUCGGCACUUUGUCUCGGGGAGGUGUCAGACUCGUCACCGUAGCUCAAUGUCUCGACACCAACCCCUACCUUGUGGUUCAACAACGCUCUGAACGUGAUUCGACCUGGUACUGCGGUGGCACAUGGAACCCACCCACGACGACCACGACGCGGACAACUUCGACCUCUACUUCUACUCGCACGUCGACCAGCACAAGCUCUACGCCUGCGCCGACCUGCGUUCAGACGUACACCUCCAAGGCCGGUGACACAUGUGCGAGCAUCGAGGGUCAGUUCGGCCUCCAGUCUGGCUCAAUCUUGGCUGCCAACUCGUUCUUGAACUGCCAAGAUAUUUGGGUGAACACGCCAAUUUGUAUCCCUCCCGGAGGCUCAACGACGACCCGUACUACUACGACGCCUACAAGCACCAGCACCAGUGGACCUGCACCGACCUGCGUCUCUACGUACACUGCCGUCGCCGGUGAUACCUGCGCGAAGAUUGAGUACAACUAUGAGCUCCCAUCCGGCUCGAUCUUGGCUGCCAAUUCGUUUUUGAAUUGCAACGACAUCUGGGCAUGGACGCCUAUUUGCAUUCCUCCUGGAGGAACUGGGUGCACGCUCAAGAUUUCGACCGUUGCCGGUGACAACACUUGCUCGGCGAUUGCUUCCCGCUACGGUAUCACUGUGGCUCAACUUCAAGCUUGGAAUCCAAGCUGGCUGAACUGCAACGACGUGUGGACCAACACGCCGCUUUGCCACCGCCGUUUAUCACGCAACCAUAUCCUCCGGACACGAGAAGAGAUUGUUCGUUCUUCGAAUCACCCACCAGCUGUCUACAGAACGUUCGGAAAGGGAACAACGUCGCCAUUGAAGAAGCGAGGGACGCUCGAGCAGGCCGCUACGGCCUUUAUCGAGUCUGAGCUCGGGCUUUCAAGUGACGGGUAUCGCGUACGGGCCUCUGCAUCUACGACAACUGGAGGAAACGUCUGGGUACAACGCGUCGUCAAUGGAGUCCCGGUUAUCAAUGCAGUUGCAAAUGUCGGGCUCAAUACCGACAAGGAUAUCAUCGCUUUUGGAGCAAAUUUUGAUCCAUCAGCGUAUUCUACUUCUCCACCAGACUCUCCGCCUACGCAGCCAGCGAUUUCCGACACAGCGGCGAUCAAUGCAGCAGCAGCGAAGAUGGCUGGAACAUACAGUGGACUCCCAGUCAAACUGGAGUACUAUGUGCAGGAAGAUGGAAGCCUGACACUAGCCUAUGUCGUCGUGGUCAUCUCAACCAUCCUUGACGAAGAGGGAGAGGAUAUGCACGUAUAUGAGACGUUUGUUGACGCCUUAGAUCCCACUGGACGCGUAUUAGGUGCAAAUGAUUUCUCUUCGGGCGCCGUAUACCGCGCUGUUCCCCCUCGCUUGCGCGACAUCUCGCAGCAAGGCACAACGCUGAUUGUGGACCCAGUGGACACCUAUUCAUCUCCGAAUGGAUGGCACUCGGCUAACGAUACAUCUGGCAAUAAUGCAAUCGUGUACUUGAACCAGGAUAUCACCAGGACCGCAAAACCCAGUGCAGAUGGACUAGUUUUCGACUAUCCAUACAAUCUCACCUCAAGACCCUCUGAUGGCCUCAAUCCCGAGGCAGCCAAAACUGCCGCAUUCUAUCUAUCGAAUCUGAUCCACGACAUCAAUUAUCGUUACGGAUUUACCGAGGCCACAUUCAACUUUCAGCAAGAUAACUUUGGCAAAGGUGGAAUAGGUGGUGAUCGAAUUCGAGUGUCUGUGCAAGACGCGAGUGCCAAGAACAAUGCGCGAUUCACGACGUUUCCCGAGGAAUCAGGUGGAAGUGGCGCGCUCAUGCAAUUGUUUGUUUGGACACGAAGCAUGCCUUCAAGGGAUAGUGCAGUUGCUAAUGAUAUUGUUGCGCAUGAGCAGACUCACGGGACUACGAGUCGCAUGACAGGAGGUGGCACUGUGAGAUGCCUUCAGACGACUGAAGCCAACGGUUUGGUGAGCAUCAAAAGAGAGAGCGAAGGAUGGAGCGACGCAUACGCAAACUGGAUGGAACAAUCUGAUGGGAAUGUGAAAGACUACGUCUUUGGCGCAUGGGUCAACAAUAGCCCUGGUGGUCUCCGCUCUUAUCCGUAUUCCACGGAUCCGGGAGUCAACCCGCUCAAGUAUAGCAGCCUUAACUACCGAACCGCACCCCAUGAUUUGGGAGAAGUAUGGGCCAAUAUGCUUCAUAACGUUUAUGCGGAACUCGUCAAAGCUUAUGGGUGGACGGGUGACUCCUUCACUAAUGCGGAUUCCCCGGCGGGGAACGUCGUGUUCAUGCGUAACUUUAUGGAUGGGCUAUUAUUGCAGCCAUGCAAUCCAACAAUGUUACAAGCCCGGGACGCCUGGAUUCAAGGUGAUAGGACGCGAUACAAUGGCAUUCACGUGUGCUCGAUCUGGAAAGCAUUUGCUUCGCGCGGGUUGGGUAUCAAUGCAACAAACUCACCGACAUAUACGGAUGACUUUACAGUGCCUGACGAGUGUAUGGACUCCAAGGCGUCGACGAGUUCGGCAAAUCCUACGCCCACGCAAACAAGCUCAACACCGGCAUGCGUGCAAACAUAUACGUCCGUCGAUCGAGAUACAUGCGCUUCGAUCGAGACCAAGCUAGGGAUACCCCCUGGAUCAGUCAAAGCGAUGAACGAUUUUGUAAACUGCGUGGAUAUCUGGCCAUGGACCCAACUCCAGUUGCCGUGCUCACCACCGAGCCUUGCUCCGACCACGACGUCGCCAGCGUGUGCAGCGACCUAUGCGACUGUCAGUGGCGACACAUGUGACUCGAUCGAGUUCAACUAUGGUCUGCCGGCAGGAUCAAUCAAGGCUGCCAACUUCGGACUAGCCACAGCAGCUGAUACCCACCGACACCAUCACCGCCGCUUAUCGCGGGCCCAUCUUCUCAAGACGCGAGAGGAGAUUGUUCAAUCGUCGAAUCAUCCGCCUGCCAUCUAUAAGACAUUUGGAAAGGGCAUCCCAUCACCAUUGCGGAAAAGAGGGACGUUCGAAGAAGCUGCAACAGCGUUUAUCGAAUCUGAACUUGGUCUUUCGACUGAUGAAUAUCGUAUACAGUCCUCAGCACCUACAAACACCGGAGGUCACGUCUGGGUGCAGCGCACUGUCAAUGGAAUACCGGUCGCCAAUGCUGUCGCAAACGUUGGGCUAAAUACCGACAAGGAUAUUAUUGCCUUCGGGACGAGCUUUGAUUCGUCAACAGGUUCUACUUCUGCAGCUGCUACCCUGCCGACCCAGCCAACGAUCUCCGAGGAGACGGCAAUCAAGGUAGCUGCUGCCAAAAUGGGCGGAACCUACAGUGAGCGCCCAGUCAAGCUAGAGUACUACGUUGAAGAAGAUGGAACUCUGACCUUGACCUAUGUUGUCGUAAUCAACUCGAUCACGCUCGACGAAGAGGGCGAAGAGCAGGAUAUGCAUGUGUACGAAGCAUUUGUAGACGCACAAGACACUACUGGGCGUGUACUAGGUGCAAACAAUUUCUCGUCACGCGCAGCAUAUCGGGCUGUUCCGCCUCGGUUGCACGAUAUCUCGCAAGAGGGGACGACACUCUUUGUUGACCCGGUGGAUACUUUCUCGUCUCCUAAUGGAUGGCACUCAGCCAACGACACUUCUGGGAACAAUGUCAUCGUAUUCUUGAACCGGGACAUUACUGCAACAACAAAACCUACCACAGAUGGAUUGGUAUUUGACUAUCCAUACAAUCUCACGGCGAAACCUUCAGAGGGCUUGAACAUCGAAGCAGCCAAAACCGCCGCAUUCUACAUGUCGAAUCUAAUUCACGACAUCAACUAUCGCUACGGCUUCACUGAGACCGCGUUCAAUUUUCAACAGGAUAACUUUGGAAAAGGCGGUAUAGGUGAUGAUCGAAUUCAAAUCUCUGUGCAAGACAGUCGUGGUAAGAACAAUGCAUUCUUCACGACUUAUGGGGAGGAGAAAAACGGAGGUGGUGGAUACAUGAAACUAUAUCUUUGGACAAAGGCUGCACCUGCAAGGGACAGUGCACUCGCCAAUGAUGUUAUUGCUCAUGAGCAGACUCACGGUACAACAAAUCGCAUGACAGGAGGAGGCACCGCGAGAUGUCUUCAGUCAAAAGAAGCCGAAGGGAUGGGCGAAGGUUGGAGUGAUGCAUAUGCAAAUUGGAUGGAGCAGUCUACUGAAACUGUGACUGAUUUCGUCAUGGGCGCAUGGGUCUAUAAUAGCCCUGGUGGUCUGCGGUCUUAUCCGUACUCGACUGACCCGAACGUCAAUCCGCUCAAAUAUAGCAAUCUUAUAACCCGAAGCGAGGCCCACGAUGUUGGAGAGAUAUGGGCCAACAUGCUCCACAAUGUUUAUGCCGAACUUGUCAAGGCCUAUGGAUGGACGGCUGAUGCAUUCACAAAUGCGGAUUCUUCGGCAGGGAAUGUCAUUUUCAUGCGCAACUUCUUUGACGGACUCUUGUUGCAACCAUGCAAUCCAACCAUGCUGCAGGCUCGAGAUGCAUGGAUACAAGGUGAUAGAACGCGUUACAACGGCGCUCAUGUGUGUACAAUUUGGAAAGCAUUUGCGUCGCGUGGAUUGGGUUCCAAUGCGACCAGUGUACCAAGAUACACGGAUGAUUUCAAUGUGCCGGACGAGUGUUUGGGCCCCAAGACGUCAACUACAUUGCCGACUUCGACUACUUCGAGCCUUGUGGACUCUACUUCAUCCAGCCAGACGUCGAGUUCUACCUUGACCAGUUCAAGCACUGCGAUUAAUUCGACAUCAUCUACUCAAGUAUCGAGUUCGUCGACUACACUACCCAGCUCGACUGGUUCAAGCUACACAGAGGACUCGACUUCAUCUACUCAGCCGACAUUGACUAGCUCAAGUUUCACUGAAACUUCUACUCUAUCCACUGAUACGUGGAGUUCUACUCAAGUAUCGUCGACUAGCCUGUCCACUUCGACUCCGACUCUAACCCCGAGUUCGAGUUCCACUGGGACAUCCUCGACCUCGAGUGUAACAACUUGUGCGCAAACAUAUACAUCCAAGGCUGGUGAUACAUGUGCAAGUAUCGAAGGUCAAUUUGGCCUCCCAUCCGGCUCAAUAUUGGCAGUAAACUCGUUCUUAAACUGCCAGGAUAUCUGGGUGUACACGCCCAUUUGCAUCCCUGUAGGAGGCUCGACGACGACUCGGACAUCGACGACGCUGGCGCCUACGUGUGUUCGUACAUACAUAUCCCAAGCACUCGAUACUUGCGCGAAUAUUGAGGCCCGGUUUGGUCUCCCGUCCGGCUCAAUUCUGGCAGCAAAUUCGUUCUUGAAUUGCCAGGAUAUUUGGGUGAAUACGCCAAUUUGUAUCCCACCUGGGAGCUCGACCCGCACGUCCACGACGCCUACAAGCACAAGCACAAAUGGACCUGCACCAACUUGUGUCUCAACAUACACCGCCGUCGCGGGUGAUACCUGCGCAAAGAUUGAGUACAAUUAUGAGCUCCCGACGGGUUCGAUCCAGGCAGCCAACCCAUCUUGGCUCAAAUGCGCGGAUAUCUGGGCAUACACGCCAAUCUGCAUUCCUCCUGGCGGGUCAGGAUGCACACUCAAGAUUUCUACGACUUCAACUGAUGUUACGUGCGCUGCCGUGGCUUCUCGUUAUGGAACGACCACCGCUCUGAUCCAAGCCUGGAACCCAAGCUGGCUCAACUGCAACGAUGUGUGGCCCAAUACGCCGCUUUGUCAUCACUUUGGAACAUUUCCUCGCGAUAUAUGGACAAAGUAA